AUGACAAACUGGAGGAGACUCCGAGCUCCCGAACGACAGAGAGCUCUCAAGUUGUUGUAUCUCCUCGCUCCCUAUCUUCUUUUCUGCGGUGUGACGAUUCCGCGCUGCUCCGCGAGCUGUAGCCUCUCUUGUGUGAAGAGAACGCAGGCAGAAAGGACCGAAAAUGAAGCUGCGGCUUCACUGCCGUCGUCCGCAUCCACUAGAGACUCGCACGUUGCGUCAUACGGCUCUGACCUCCGUGCCCGUGCGACCUUCCUCUCUCCUUCCGAGGAACGCACAGCAGCCGAUGAGGGAGAGGCAGAACUCGGAAACGGUGAGGCGAGAAGAGGCGAUGUAGAUUCAAAAGCAGACUUGGGGGAGAAGUCACACAAGAACGGCUGCCUCCUCUUGGGGGCCGGGGCGCCCCCUUGCUGCAGAACAUCAUCCUGUGGAGAUGGUCCACAGGUUGGUCAAAAAACCAGUCGCGACCGACAGAAUCUCUCCUCACCUCGCGACGCGCCUCCGGCAUCCCAGGCAGCAGCCUUGCCAGUCUCGCCUCGUUCUCUGGAGGCGGUGGAGUCCUCUCCAGAUGUGCUGCAAAAGUCGGAAGAAAUCGCGCAACCUACCGACAAGGAUGCAGCCGAGACAGCGAAGGAAAAGGGAGCACAGGCAAUCGGUUCUCAUUCGCAUCCCGGCAGACAAAAGAGAGACACUGAGAGGCCAGACGCGCCGCAGGCAGCCGAAGCCACAAGGAAACACCUGACCCCUUCAGGGGAGGUUGCGAGCGAAGCGUACAGUGAAAGCGCCCCGAUCCCGGCUAAAAACCUCACACAAGAGAGCGGCAUCGAGUCAGCUGGACACGAGAAACACUCGGGCGGCCAGGGAAGUGGACCAGGGUCUUCUGCAGCGUCGGCUGAGAAGGCAGACUCCGCUUCGAAAACGAACGGGAAAGGCGACAGCUCUCCGCUGGCGGGGCCUAAAGAAGAGUUGCGUUCAUCCGAGAAGCGUUUCAUGCAGGUCGCCUUGCCUGCCGUCGAGGACACGGAGAGACAUGCGCUGACUGACGGCGCAACGAAGCCACAGAGCACCAUUUGGGAGAAAAGAGGAACAGACCGGAUGCCCAAAGCUAAAGACGGUGCGCCGUCCUCGGCCUCAACGUCUUCUGGAGGGUUCCCCAUGCCUCUAUGGGUUUUAAUGGUUUCUAUUGUUGGUUUCGUUGCCGUGGCGGCGGUGGGCCUUUUGGUUGUGUUCGUUUUUUUUCGAAGCCAUCGACUGCGCCACCGAAAGAAGCGAGAGGCGAAACUCAUGCUGAGGAAAAUGAUUCGCUCGAAUUCUGUCCCAACGCCUGAACUGGUAUCUCGGUAUGCGCGAGAAAUGCGUGAGGAAGACGGCCCGGGAGAGAGGCGGUGCUCACUGCCGCAGUCAGGCGGGGGGAAGGCUCCUCUGCCGCCUCCGCACGGUGUUCCUGCGGCCCCAAAGAAGCGCGCUGGAGUCUCCAGGACGGGUUUCGCCAAAGGCGUCAAACUCCCUUUUCGCAGUCGAAGAAAACUCUCUGGAGUCGCGCAGGGAGCACCGUCAGGAGAAGCGCGCGAAAGAACGCUAUCGACGUCUUCUUCUCUCUCCCCCUCGAGGCCUGUAUCGGGUGUCCCCGACGAAUCGCUUCCUAGGGCGUCAGACCCUCGCCUCAUGCCGGGGGGAGUCGUUCCAAGCGGUUGGAAGAAAGCGGGAGACUCGCUGGGUUUCUUUUCGUUUGCCUCUAGGGAAGGGACAGCAGAGAUUCCCUUGUCUCCAGCUGGCGUGUUAGACGUGCCGGAGGUGCGGAACGAGUUUGCAUCGACGCCUUCACCGCAAGAAGCAAAGCGCGGCAGGAACAAAUGGGUCGUUGUCGCGAGACAUCAACACUUGUUUCACCCUCCACAGAAUAAUCUGGGCAAUCUCCGGAACGAUCGAGACGACGCUUGCUGCGGUCGCCAGACGUGGGCGAGUGAAGUCGCUGAGGAUGCGGGAUGUGGCGGCGCAGGAGGCCUCGAAGACCCCUCUGAAGGUUGGUCCAGUGACAUACCGUCUCACAUGAUGCAAACCGCCAUCCACAGAGAGACAGAGGUGAUUGAUGAAGACGCCAUCGUUGAGUUCGAUGCAACGGUUCCACUCGAAAAUACAGACGAGGGCGAGGCAGGAGAAGACGAAGACGGGAGCGUCGACAGGAAAUAG